AUGGUCACAUCGUCGGCGUCGCCAACGGGAACGGGCUGGUCAGCGCCAGCCGAUUACAAGAGCGCCACCACGGCUGCCGCAGCUGCCGCGGCGGCGGCUGCGGUCAUGUGCGAGGUGAUACCAUCGAGCAGUGCCAGUGUUGGCAGCAGCUCGCCAACAGGUGGCGCCAGCAAUGGUACUGCCAAUAGUGCACACAGUGGUAGCAACAAAAACAACAACAACAAUAACAACAACAGUCGCAACAACAAUAACAAUAACAGCAACAAUGCGGUGCAUCAGGAUCUGUUGUGGAUGGAAAGAUUUGUGCUCGAAAGACAACAGGAAUAUCCAGGAGAAUUGGUGCGUACGAGCAAUCCGUACUUUCUGUGCUCCGCUCUGCCCUCUCACUGGCGGUCAAAUAAAACGCUACCAUUGGCCUUUAAAGUCGUCGCCCUGGCGGACGUCGGCGAUGGCACCUAUGUGACGAUCCGGGCAGGGAAUGACGAGAACUGCUGCGCCGAGCUGCGAAACUAUACCGCCCAGAUGAAGAACGGCGUGGCCAAGUUUAACGAUCUACGCUUCGUGGGACGCAGUGGUCGGGGAAAAAGCUUUACGCUGACAAUUACCGUUGCAACAAGCCCGCCACAAGUGGCCACCUAUGCCAAAGCCAUCAAAGUGACCGUCGACGGUCCAAGGGAACCGCGCUCCAAGACGAGCCCACCCGGCGGUCCCCAAUAUCGAGCACUCGGCCUCGGCCAGCGACCAUUCAUUGAUAGUUUCCCCAAAACUUUUCACGAACUGGAAACGCUGCGUCGCUCCGCGAAGGUUGCGGCAGCCACGACGGCGGCGGCGGCUGCUGCGGUGUCGGUUGCAUCGGCAGGCAACACGCUGACCACAAACGCAAGUAUUGCCCAGCAAUUGGGUAGCAAUUACUCAUCGUCAAAUAGUACAAUAAAUUCGGAUUGCCAGGGCUACAAGCCUAAUGCCCCACAAAUUCAAGAAACCGAUCUGAUAGGCGCCGCUGAAUGGACGGGCUCGGCCAGCUCUGCUGCUAACGUGGCCUACCCAGUAGGAGUUGGUGUGGGUGUUCCCUAUCAUCAUGCGCACCACAGCCACACCCACUCGCACACACACAACCACUCGGCGCAUCACCACCACGCGCACCACUUACAACACCAAGUGGCGUUGCCGCCACCACCACCGCCGCCGGCCGCAGCGCCGGUGCCGGUGCCGGUAGCCACCGCAUCGGCCAUGAAUCACUACAGCAGCGCUAUGGGAGGUUAUGAUACAACUACGCUGGACGCGGGCAAUUAUCAUAUAUCCUCGGUGCUUCCAGAUAUGCAUGGAUUUUCCGCAGAUCCGUAUCAGACGGCCGCUGCAAGCGGGUAUUGCGGUACCAGCUCCAAGUCAGAUCUGGAAUCAAUUAACGCCAGCUAUGGCGCGACGCCAGCUGCCUACAAUAAUCCAGCGGCCUGGUCCAAUGGUUAUAAUAACUACCAGUACGGCAGCUGCUCGGCGACGGCAGCACAAUACGGCGGAGCUGGUGCACAUGCAACGGCGCCACCGCCGCCGGUGGUUCUGUAUCCACAGCUUUACUCAACUGUUAACCAGAACCAGAUACAUCUGCAUCUUCACAGCAGUGAGAAGCUGGAACAGUACCUGGCCACAGACCAGCAAUUGACUAUCAGCUCACUGGCCAGCAAUCGUUCUAGCAUAGAGAUCGGAUUGGGCACUGGCGUCUGUGGCGGCGGCGGCGGCAGCAGCGUAAGCGGAGGUGUCGCCCUGGGCGAGCAGGACCAGCAGGCAGCAGUGUCGAUUGCCGAGCAGGCAGCGGAAGGUGCCUCCCAAAACUAUCACUUGCAUCACCAUCACCAUCCCCACGAGACGCAGCGGCAGAUGGAGGCACAACAGCAGCAUCAGAGCGACGUUAGCAACGAGGCGGCACGGGAAGAGGAUGUUGGCGAUAUGACGCAAGUCUGGCGUCCCUAUUGA